AUGAACUCGCUGCCCAAGGGCAAGCGGUCUUACGACCAGAGCAAUGCCGCCCAGCAGCAAAAGACGUUCGAUUUUGUGAGCUACGGAAUAGCGCCCGAUGUUGAUGAAAGCGUUCCGGCGCCUCCCAACAAGAAGCGUCAUGUCCCUAAGUCCACUACGACUGCACAGUUCAACACUGCUAUCCCCGACAGUUUCGAUUUCAAUGCUCAGAGUCAUGUCAACUCUGGUAUCCCCAUGAUGAGCGACAAUUCUACCAUUGACCCUCGCCUCACACAAUGCGAGGUUGGUCCUUCGGGUCAACAGAUGAGUGAUACGCUCACUCUGAACCCCCGCCUCACGCAAUGUCAGCCAGUUCACACCAGCGACAACAUGGCCGUUGAACCCCAAUUCCCCCAUUUCGAACACAUGCUCUCUGUUCAGGCUGCCGGUGGCAACAUGACUCCUGAUACCCGUCCCACGAAGCGUCAGCCUGAUCGGUCUGGUCGAAAGAUCGCUGGCUACUCCUUCGAGAAGGCCGGUUUGACCAUCCCAGACGUUGGCUCCGCCGCAGACUAUGAAAAGAUCAUGAGUUCUAUCGACUUCGAACUUGCUCAUCAGGCGGCAAACCCUCCCGUUCUCCCUCCAUCUGAGCUCAAGGAAAUGGCGGCCAAGCCUCUCCCCGAAGCUCCCUACGAAAUUCCCGAGGAUAACCCUCGUCUGGCCGAGAUUCUUCGAGCCAAGAACAAGCAGAUCCUGGAGAAGGGCAAAAUGCUUGACAAGGAGCGCAACAACCUCGCUGCAAAGGCGACACGUGAUCGUCGUAACGAGAUUAUCCUCCAAAGCCGAGUUCUGUUGAAUGACCGCGAAGCGGAGCUGAAUUGGUGGAGGCUCCGAGCUAUUACUCUUGGAGCUGAACCCAAUGAGUUCAAGAAUCUGUCUGAGGAGUUGAAGAAUGCCAUCCUUUCCGUUGUUGAGCAGCGAGUUAGCGAAGGUGACGCGAAGAGAUCUGAGGAUACUGCGAAGAACAAGUCGCAGAGACAGUCUACCCGUACUGCCAAAAGCAAUAAACACGUCCAGAAGGACAAGGAGGCCAAGGCCAAGGAAGUCGAGCGGCUCAGGGCCGAGCUUGAAGCGAACGAUGCCGCGGCUCUUCGGGCUGCUCAGAACUCCAUGGCUCAGCAGGCCGUGAUGGAACCCUACCAACAGCAAUACAACCAUCAGCCUGGACAAGUCGCUGCAGCCGCUUAG